AUGGCCACGGUUUUUGUAUGCCCAUCCAGGCCCACCAGAAACCAACCCCCUCGACCUUCGGCCUUCUUUUCCGGUCUCGCUCUACUCCUGUCUCCAACUCCAGAUCAAAUGGAAAUCGUUAAACAAUUCAGCCAAACCGAUUCUCGAGGCAUUGCGCUCCCGGGAAAUCUCAUCGAAGCCAUCAAGCAGCAACAGAGUAAUUUUCCGGGAAGACUGUCAAGAGUAUUAACUCCAUGCAGCAUUGCUAAUCGCAGUUUGUAUCAACUUCUAUCCGCCCUGUCGUGCUCGAUACACGAUAUCACGCGCUCGCUGAGUGUUACUUUCCAGGGUGAUUCUGCGAUCCUUGCGCAGCAGUAA